ACCGUGUGCUCAUCUAAGGACUCAAACUGGAGAACUACUGAAACUGAAUGUGGACUUUAAACAGUUUGACUCGGAUUUUCUCAUUCCUGCUCCUGCAGCAAUUCCCUCUUCUACAGAUGUUUAAGUGCGGUCGGUUUCAUUAAUGGUUCAAGACAAAGUUCUGUCCUGAUUACCCCUGCAGCCGAAGCACCCUCCCCCCUCCCAUGCACAAUGAUUGUAUGUGUGUCCAGCUCUCCAUACCUGCAGAGGUGGUUGCUGAAGACUCUGUUGUUCCUGGCUGCUGUGCUGCCUUCAAGUGCUGACUGUCCCAAACCAUGUGCCUGCCAUGUUCCCACUGAAGUGCACUGUACCUUCAGAUACCUAACUGCAGUACCUGACCACAUCCAGCCAGCUGUGGAAAAAAUUAACCUCGGGUACAACAGUAUAACUGUCCUGAGAGAAAAUGAUCUUUCAGGGCUUAAGAACUUGGAGCUGUUGAUGCUACAUAGCAACACUAUACACACUACUGAAGACAGAGCCUUCAAAGACCUCGAGUCAUUACAGGUCCUGAAGAUGUCAUACAAUAAAGUAAAGAUUAUCAACAAAGAGACGUUCAAAGGCUUGGACAGCCUGCUGAGACUCCACAUGGACCACAACCACAUUGAGUUUAUAAACCCAGAGGCUUUCUUUGGCCUUACCAACUUAGAAUUGGUUAAUCUGGAGGGUAACUACCUCCAGCAGCUCCACCCGGACACAUUUAUCACACUGAGACACAGCCAGGUUUUCAGGCUAUCAAGAGUAAGAAACAUCCACCUGUCAGACAACCUUCUGACCACUCUGCCUGCAGACAUUUUCUCAGGCUGCAGUGAGUUACAAAGUGUCUUCCUCCACGGCAACCCCUGGAAGUGUGACUGCCGUAUGAAAUGGUUCUCCUUGUGGGCACAGAGAAACACAGGUGUGCUGAAAUGCAGGCAAGACAGGAGAUAUCCCAGAGGCCUGUGCCCCGUUUGUGAAAAUCCUCUGCUUUACCGCAACAGACCUCUUGCCCUUCUUCCCAACGAUGCCUUUCCUUGUACCAAACCUUGGAUCCAUCCCCAUCUAAAGCAGAAAAACAUUAGCCUGGAUGAAGGAGACUUCAUUCCGGUUUCCCCCAAGGACUUUAUUGCCCCAUUAGGCUCAAUACAAAUGAACCUGACUGACCAGUUUCACAAUGAUGCCAGUGUAACCUGCACUGUGCAGAGGCCAACUGCUUUUGAGAACCUGACACAAACCUUGGAGGAAGAGGAAGGAAACAACGUCACUGUGCUUACCACUGGCAUAACUACAUAUUUGGUGUGCAAUAUGAACUAUGAACACAUUCAGCAACUGUGGCAGAUCCUAGCCACCUACAGUGACUCUCCAAUGAGGCUAGAGAGAGGUUUAAUGCUGGCCAGAAGCCCAGAAAUGGUGUACCAGUAUAGUCAGAUAAAAACAAAGGAUCUAGAGGGAGAAAUUAACACAAAUAUUGAGGCUGAGAUUAAAGCCUCCCCUGCAUGGUUAAUGCAGGGAGAAGUGAGUUUCCAGCUUGACCGCACUACUACCACCUUCUCUGCUCUGCACAUUAAGUACCAGUCUGUGGUAAACCUACGUAUGGAAAGCACACCACCUAAGAGAGACCGCUAUUCCUGGGUUAUGAUCAAACAAGAUAAUCAAACCAAGACUGAGUACACUGUACUUACAGGUGGUGUGGUACAGUUGAACUGCCAAAUCCAGGGUGAGCCAAAGCCUCUGUUGGAGUGGAUUUUACCGGAUGCAAGUAAGGUGAGAGCUCCUUAUUCCAGUGAGGACAGGAGAAUAAUAAUUACUGCUGAAGGGAAGUUCACUCUUCGAGGUGCAGAUAUCUCUGACACAGGCCUCUACUGGUGCAUUGCCACAAACUACCUGGAUGCAGAUAUCCUCAUCUUUCGAGUGACAGUUCUGUCCCCUGAUGUGGAACAGGCUGAGGUCAAUGGUGUCCAGCUCUCCAGGCCACUGGGUGAAAAGCUUGUCUUCGACUGUGGCUCCUCAGGGAGUCCUGAGGCCUCAGUAUCUUGGAUUCUCCCUGACCACUCAGUACUGGACAUGUUUCACGGGAACAGAAAAGUCUUUAAGAAUGGAACACUGUUGAUUGAGGGUCUCACAGCGAGGGAUCGAGGAUUUUAUAGGUGUUUAGUUGCUAAUCAUCUUGGAGUUGACCUGCUUGUGUCUCAGGUGACAGUAACUGACAAAAGGCCCGAGACGGCAACGGUUUUUGACAGUGAAGGAUCAGGGAUGAUGAAGGAGGUCACGAUGGAUUCUAACUUGACACAAAAUACAGCCAAACUCAGUGAGAUACCCCACUCUCAGUCUGCUCACAGUACUAGCCAGGAAUCUAGGACCAUCACUUCAGAUCGACCUUACCCCAGACACAGAUCACAUGGGAGAGUAGGUUUUGGAGGUAGACUGGGACAGAGAAGGAGGGGGUCAGUCCACAACAGGCACAUCUGGAGUAGUAGGGUCUUUAAUAAAGUUUCCAGGAAAGUAGACCCACAGAAGUUUGCAGAAUUUAUGAAAAAAGCUCAAGAUGGCUCGAGAAAAAAGACUGAUAAAGAGAACGAGAGACCAAAAUAUGAAGACACACACACUGGUUAUUCUGGUGAUAAUGAAAUUGGCUCUGGUGAGGGUCAAAAUGAAGACCAUCUCAUUGUUCUCCCAAUGAUAGUACAACCAACAGCAAAUAAGCCACAAAGAAUAUUUGGUCAAACUGAAACAGUAACAACCACACAAAUAAGUGAGGGACAUAUUUUAGCAACAACGGAAAAUGACAUGGAAAACAGAUUCAGCAAUCACAUUCAUUCAAGUAAAAUAAUAGAAAAUAGAAACAUGCCAACCACAGAGCCAUACAUGCAGUCCACACAUAUGCCAAUAAAGUCCACAUUCACAAAAGUUCCAGAGUUGAUUGAGACAAAGAAGUUUUACACCCUGCAACCAGUCCAGCAUACUGUGACAGACUCUUCACAAGAAACCCAACUCCAGCUAUCAGGAGAAGCACCUGCAGAGCCAGAGACAUCCACAGAGGGUGCAUUUUUUUCAACUACAGACCCUAAUGUUACUCCAAUGAGAGAUGAACCGGGUCCAGUGGACCUAGUCAUCCAUACAGACCCUGAAAGCCAAACCACAUUCACAGCAGUCACCACUACAAACAGACAGCAAGACAAGAUCACCUUCCGCACUACCCAGACAAUAAAAUCCCCACACCUGCCUGCCGGAUCCACUAUCAUCUCCCGGCAGCACAUACACAUCAUCCCACGCAAGAACAACAGAGGAAAGGGUGGCAGGAGGAUCUUCCAAGGCCGCAGAAGGAUCAUUAAACCAAACAGGAUUCAUGACAUACAGUCCUUUAUCAAUAAACUUAAACAGUCCACUAUAAGUAAAGAAGGGAAUGCCUCUGUGCCAUAUCAAAUUCAGCUGACCACAGACUGUAACUGUGAUACGGAUAAAAAGAAGAUAGCAACCACUGAUCUGCAGGUGGUCAGACCAACAGCACCUCCUAGUCCAUCGCUACAAAAAACAAAUAGACCUGCCUCUACACAAAAAACUGUUGCUUCUACCACAAGUCAUUACGUGACUUCAGAUCCUCCAUUCACCAAUGCUCAGUCUAGAUCAGAGAUCUCCAGUGAGUACAUAACAUCAGCUGGUGCCUCUGAACUGGAUCCUACACCUGAUCCAUUUUUUAUCACAGCUAAAGAACUAUCAGUCCCCACCACGGCCACUACUACAUCUGCCUCUAAGGUUAUUCGGGGAAGAAUUCCGUGGAACAAGUUGUUUGGAAGCAGAGGAAAGGAAAGGAUACUCAGCAGGCUUAGGAAGCCAUUGACCACACCAAAAACCUCGACUACAGCUGAAACAACACUGACCCUAACCACAACCAGUGUUCUUAUGCCUGCUACUUCUGCAAACAUAUUGGUUGAAGCGGAUACUUUGUCACCAUCCAGACACACACAGAGCAAAGAAAGUUCAUUAGAUGAUGACUAUGGAGAUACAUCUUCUGCUGAUUUUCAGUUCACAACACUGGGUUCCAGCUUGCACCAAAUACCUGUUACUAGUUUAUCUGACUACUCCCAGUCUUAUACCACUGCUGAAACGCCACCAGAAUUACAAACUCUACCCUCUCCACCCACUGUCAAACCCAUCCAUCAGAAAAAUCCAGAUGUAACAUUGUCAUCUGGGUCUGGAGGACCACCUGAUAAUUUGCUUGUAAUCAGACAGAGGCCUGGUAGGACAAGAGGACGACUCGGGCGGAGAAGGAUGCCCUUUAGGCGAAGAAGACCACUAAGGAAACCUGGAAUUACUAAAGUACAUCCUACUGAGGCAUCAAGUACAGAGGCAACAAGCACAGAAACCACAGUGGAGGCAGCCACACAAUCACAACAUGCUGUUUCAGUCUAUAAUUCCCUGUACACACCAUCUCGAAAAGAUAGCAGAACCACACUGGUUGACCAAAGAUCUAAGGAGGAGAGUGACCUAUAUGAGGAAUUUGACUGGGCAUCUAGUGGUUCAUCAACUUAUACAACCACCCAGACACCUUUGAUUACCUUAGCCACAUAUGAUCCUGCCACUAUCCUGAUACCACAUAUAGCAAAAGGACUUCACACAACAACUCAGACCAGAAUCCACAGCAACAUCAGACCACUACCACAAAGGAACAAUGGUGACACCAGUCGUAGGUUACUGGUGGAGAGAAUUAGAACUUCUCUAAAAGGCAGUGGUGCUAAAGGCAAUGGAGAUAACUCUGACACAGUGACCAUCCUUUCAGUUCAGCAAGGAUACAAUACCAGCACCCCUGCACCUUACAUCAAGAAGAAGGAUAUUGCCAUCUCGACUAUUUAUGAUCAAGUCUCAAGAUAUGAAGCUACCAGUGCCAGUUAUGCUGGCUUUGAACCCACUACGAAGGUCAUGACAAGCAAACCCAAGAUAGUGGGAGGAAAUGCAGCUAGCUUUACUGUUCUGUCUAACUCAGAUGCUUUCCUGCCAUGCGAGGCUGUUGGAAACCCACAGCCAGUUAUAACAUGGAAACAAUUGUCCCCAAGCACAGGAAGAAGCAUUACCAUUAAAGAGAGAAUGGGCAAGUAUGAGGUGCUGAGCAACGGCACACUGUCCAUCCCAAAUGCCACUGUUAAGGACCGAGGCCAGUACUUCUGUCUAGCUGAGAAUAAUCACGGAUCAGAUAAACUUAUUAUCACCCUCACUGUGGUAGCCUAUCCCUCACGCAUUCUAGAGCCAAAAAUGCGUGAGAUAAAAUCGUAUGCAGGAAACACAGUCGAGAUGAAAUGUAAAGCAGAGGGCCGGCCCAUGCCUGUGAUAUCUUGGAUCUUGGCCAACCGUACUCAAGUUUUGGGUCAAAACACAGAGAAGGGAAGAGUAUCAGUAUCUGCUGAGGGGACUCUGGUUAUUGGGCAUGUGUCUGUUUAUGACAGAGGUCAUUACAAAUGUAUUGCCAGUAAUCCUGCUGGAGCUGACACUGCUACGGUCCGACUGCAGGUCGUGGCAGCUCCACCAGAUAUCGUGGAGGAGAAGCGGCAGCAGCUAAAAGCUAGUCUUGGCCAAAAUUUAUGGCUACCCUGCACUGGUCACGGCACCCCACAGCCUACUGUUCACUGGGUUCUCCAUGAUGGGUCAACAAUACGAUCUAACAGACCCGUAAGUGACACACGGAUGUCCAUGUAUGAGAAUGGGACUCUUCACAUUAAGGCUGUGACUCCAGCCGAUAGUGGAAAAUAUGAAUGCAUUGCUACCAGCUCGACUGGCUCAGAGCGAAGGGUCGUGACUCUGACAGUAGGAGCACAAGAAUCUGCACCUCAGAUAGUGGAGAUAUCCCAGCGCUUGACUGAGUUAUCUUAUGGGGAUCAGCUAAGACUAAACUGUUCAGCAACAGGAGACCCUAAACCUAGGAUAAUCUGGAGGCUACCUUCCAAAACUGUGGUGGACCACUGGCACAGGAUGGGCAGCAGGAUAGUCGUUCUCGAUAAUGGUACUCUCACUGUUAAUACUGUGAGUGAUAAAGAUGCCGGAGAUUAUAUCUGUGUGGCCCGAAGCAAGAUUGGUGAUGAUCUACAAGUUAUGAAAGUCAGUGUAUCAAUGAAGCCAGCCAAGAUAGAGCCUAAGCUACACAGCAAGAAGCAGGUGCCCUAUGGUAAGGACUUAAAAGUGGACUGUAAAGCCUCAGGAGCCCCAAAGCCAGAGAUCUCCUGGGGUCUACCAGACGGUACAUUGGUCAACAGCGCUUUGCAGUCUGAUGCCAGUAGUAGAGGAGGACGAGAGCGUCGCUACACACUGUUUGAAAAUGGAACUCUUUAUCUAAACCAGGUUGGAAUGUCAGAGGAAGGGGACUACACCUGCUAUGCUGAGAACCAGGUGGGAAAAGAUGAGAUGCAUGUUCAUAUCAGCGUGGUUACAGCUUCCCCCAGUAUACGUCCACACAGCCAGACCUACGCCAGAGUAAAGCCUGGAGGGAGCAUCCGUUUUGACUGUGAGGCAACUGGGGAGCCUAAACCCAAAAUAUUGUGGAUGCUGCCCAGUAAUGAUGUAAUAGCAGCAUCAAAUGAACGCUACUUAAUGCACGUUAAUGGUUCUCUUGAUAUUAGAGACGUCAACGUAGUUGAUGCAGGUGAGUAUGUUUGUAUGGCUCGCAAUCCUGGUGGAGAAACCAGAAAAGUUUACAAGCUUGACAUAGAUGGGAAUCCACCUGUGAUCAAUGGCUACAGACAGAACAGAACUGUCAUUAAAGAUAUAGCAUCUAAAUACUCCAGGAAACUCAUAGACUGUAUGGCUGAAGGGGAUCCCACUCCUACUAUUACUUGGAUCAUGCCUGAUAACAUCUUUCUAACAGCACCAUACGUUGGUAGUAGAAUUAACGUCCACCUAAAUGGGACACUAGAGAUACGUAAUGUGCGCCCUACUGAUACAGCAGAGUUCAUUUGCCUGGCUAAAAGUGAUGGAGGAGAAGCAGUAAUGGUGGUGCAGCUGAUUGUUACAAGUAUGCUCCAAAGGCCAAUCUUCAAGAACCCCUUCAAUGAACGUGUUGUGUCUCGGAAUGGGAAAACCAUAGUUCUGAAUUGUUCUGCUGAUGGACAGCCAACGCCAGAAAUCAUUUGGACUUUGCCUAAUGGAACACGGCUUACUGGUGGAACUAGUCGUGGCUCUCGUUACCAAAUAAACAAUGAUGGGACUUUGGUCAUCCACAGUACUCACAAAGAAGAUGCUGGGAAAUAUCGCUGUGGUGCCAAGAAUCUCAUGGGCUACAUAGAGAAGCUAAUAAUUCUGGAGAUUGGGCAGAAGCCUUACAUCUUGACAAGGCCCAGGGGUGUUAUACGCAGUAUGUCUGGGGAGCCUCUCUUCCUUCACUGUCUAUCUGAUGGGAGUCCCAAACCAAGAAUUUACUGGACCAUCCCUGGUGGCCACACUCUUACUCGGCCUCAAGUCCUCGGCCGCUACCAGCUGGUAGAGAAUGGUACUCUUGUAAUUCAGGACACUACCCACCACGACCGUGGAAACUACAUUUGCAGGGCUCGGAAUGAUGCCGGGGAGGCUAUACUUACUGUCCCUGUUAUUAUCAUUUCCUACCCUCCACGAAUCACAAUAGGACCACCUCCCAAUGUGAGGGUAAUGACUGGAAGACCUAUUCAGCUCAACUGUGCUGCCACUGGGAUCCCCAAGCCAGAGAUCACCUGGGAGCUUCCCGAUCAUUCAGUUCUGUCAGCAGCAGAAAAGGGACGACCUAUGGGUAGUGAACUGCUCCACCCUCAGGGCACACUAAUCAUCCAGAAGCCCACAGCCUCUGACUCUGGAACAUACAAAUGCCUUGCCAAGAACCACAUAGGUACAGACUCAAAGGUCACAUAUGUACUUGUACUGUGAUUAAAAAAAUAGCUGAAGAACGACAGUAUAUGCAAAUGUAAACAUUAACAGACACAUAUUUACUGUCUGGUAUCUGCACACUACAGUACCUAUUGUCUCGUGGAUUUGUGAAGCUCAAGACAUGUGGAAUACAGAAGGUGAUUAUGUAAGUAAUUAACAGUAAUUUUAAAGGGAAUUUUAAAAAAUGGAAAAUCUUGCCCGGGGCUGCAUGGUUGUUAAUUUAACACUGAAACCAGGAGUCUGGAAAAUCAGAGUUGGUAUUCAUUUGGGGUGAUCCUCAUGAGACAAAUCAUAGAGCCAAAACCUAAAGCGAUUUCACUGACCUGCUGGUGGGCAUAGUACCCAAACAGGAAGACAGAAAUUAUGCAGCAGAUUGAAAGAAAAAAAAAAUCUUCCCAAGAGGGUUUUAAUCCCCUUUGGACAAAUGUCCAGAGGCUGUUGCUGUCAAGACAGAUAGCUUUGUCACUUAACUGGAAAUGAAAAAUAUCUUUCAAGAGCAGUUCUGUGAGCUUCGGUGAGGAAAAGAGUUUAUUAAAAAAAAUGCUUGUUUUACACUGGACAAGGUACAUUUUGUGUGUGUGUGUGUGUGUGUGUGUGUGUGUGUGUGUGUGUGUGUGUGUGUGUGUGUGUGUUGAUAAAGGUUUAGAUAGAUUCCUUUAUGUUUAUUUGCAACACAAUGGAAUAUAAUACACAUUACCAAUCUAUUGUGCUGUACAUGAGAAUUUACAGUAAUGUUAUACAUUAUGCUAAUAAUACAGUCUAUGUAUAUCUGUGUGUAGUAUCUACUUUAUCAAAGUAUGGGAUGAAAACAUAAAAUU